CAGAUCCUACAUGCGAAACCUAGGCAGUUCCAACAACACAAAUUGUCAAACAUCGACAAGCAGAUCCAACGGGCCGAUUGCUGCUUGGCAGUUAAAAAUGAGACAAUUCCUCAGAGUUGUAGGCUCUACCAUUCUCCAGCUAUCAAACCCAAACAAUGUCCACCGACAAGCACGAACAACGCCCUUUUCUCGUUGACGACAGUGAAGAGAUCCGGAGUGCCGGGUAUUCACGUCACCCGAUUAUUAGCCAAAGAACACUACUUUUGGCAUCCGCGAUCAGUAAUGUAGUUCUUCUCGUGAUCUCUGCUCUUCUUAGCGGGACAGUCUUUUCUGUCCUCGGUCACGCCCAGAAAAAAGCUCACUUACCCGAUCCAUACUCUCCCGCGAACUCCAUCGUUGAAUUCGAGUAUCGAGGCGUUAUUCGCAAUGACUCCCGCUUUAUCGGGCGCCCAACGCAGGAAUGGGACAAGUCGAUGCACGACCUCAUGGCUGGGACUUUGAUCAGAAUCUCACAUGAGGAACUCCAGUUGGCCGGGACGGACUCAAUUCCACUUAGAGAUGGCGGCUAUGCUGCUGGCUUGGGUGUGGCACACAACCUCCACUGUGUCAAGAAGAUAAAACAGUUCCUAUAUCGAGAGCACCUUUACCCAGACCUGGAUACAGGUAGUCAAAGGUUUGAAGACCUUCAAACGCAUGCGGAUCAUUGUCUUGACUUCAUCCGUCAAGGCAUCAUGUGCCAUCUAGAUUACUCGCUGUACACAGUGUACUGGGGAGAGCGAAAAGACAUCCCAACACAUCAUGAUCCGCCAGUGCAAAAGUGUGUGAACUGGGAGAAACUGCAUAGUUGGAUGCAAGAAAGAUCGGCCAACACAGAUAUGCUGGUACGGCCUUGGACAGAAUAG